AUUAUUCACUUUACCACACGAGCCGCCGCCAGGGAAGCCGCUUGCGUUACGAGGCUUACGCGGCGCCCCGCAACGAUAUAAACUCAGCGGCGGUUCAUAUUUCAUUGUUCAUCUGCAAAGGCUCUUCUGUGUUUGGUUGCGUUCACAACUUGAGCUCGUUAAAAAAUGGCUAAUGCAGCAUCUGGGAUGGCUGUGGACGAUGAGUGCAAAUUGAAAUUCUUAGAACUGAAGGCAAAGAGGACUUAUCGCUACAUUGUUUUUAAAAUUGAGGAGAAACAGAAGCAAGUGGUCGUUGAAAAAGUUGGCGAGCCAACUGAAAACUAUGAGGACUUCACUGCUAGUCUUCCUGCUGAUGAAUGCCGCUACACUGUCUAUGAUUUUGACUUUGUAACUGCAGAGAAUUGCCAGAAAAGCAGGAUCUUUUUCAUCGCCUGGUCUCCUGACACUGCUCGUAUCCGGAACAAGAUGAUUUAUGCCAGCUCUAAGGACAGAUUCAAACGGGAGCUUGAUGGAAUUCAAGUUGAAUUACAAGCAACUGACCCAACUGAGAUGGGUCUGGAUGUUAUCAAGAGUCGUGCUAACUAAGUAAAAGCUUGUACUUUGCAGACCUUCUGCAGAAGAGUUGCUAUGCUUCUUGACCUUUACUUUAUAAAGGGAUGCUUGUAUUUUGAGGGAUGGUAAACUUGGAUAGGUUCAUACCAAGUGCUUCCUCUUACCAUUCCUUACAUUUAUAUGGAAUUAUGAGUGGUGAUAAAUAUUUGCUACUUUUGAUAUUCUUUGUUGGCUGUUCAGCUGUAGUUUACAUGUCUGAUAUCUACAAGCUGAUAUGUAAAUUUGGGGAGAGACACAAAUCUGAUUCCCUAUUUUGUUUUGAAUAUGGGAUACAACCUAAAUCCUGCUAGGUGCAAACUUGUUAUUUUCUACUUCA